AUGCUUGUUACACGCCGUUGUGGUGAAUCGACCGCCAUUAUAUUGGAGAACACCUUAAUAUCGUUGGGACGAAAGAAACGUGCUAACAGGGAUGCUGAUUUAUCAGUAAACUUCAUGGCCCUGCAGACCGCACAAUCCCGGGAACCUGAACAAACGUUAGUACACAACCUCUCGUCGAAAAAUCUUACAGUGGCCCAAACAAAAGUUCUACAACGUGGAUCUGGUUUUAACACAAAUGACGCCGACCCGGUCACAUUCAUUGCUUCUUUCGAAUCUGUGCUACGUCAAACCGGCGCCACAGACGAGGCCAAAGACCUCCUCCGACAUCGAGUCUCUUCACUUCUCAUGUCACACCGAAAAACCCAUUCGCUGCUAAGAGAUGAACAAAAGGCCCUAAGGGAGUUGAAAGCGGACACCGAAAUAGUUAUUCUGCCUGCUGACAAAGGCCGAUCAACUGUUAUCCUUGACAAGGUGGAUUACCGAAACAAAGCGCUCAUGCUCCUCAACGACCGGGAGUCCUACGUGGUCAGCGACGCCACCAGUCUAAAGUCCCUACUGGCGAGGGUUAACAGGGUUCUGUCUCGACUAAAGAAGGAAAAAGUCAUCACUGUCAAAGAAUGGUAUAUGGCAAAGCCCACAGAAACACCGAUGGCGAGAUUCUACGGUCUUCCAAAGGUACACAAGCCAGAUGUUCCCCUCCGACCAAUCGUCUCACUCCGAGGCACACCCACGUACGGGCUCGCAAAUUGGCUGUUUCAGAGGCUAAGAUUCCUAACCGCGGGCUCAGAAACAACAGUACACUCAGCAGAGCAAUUCCUCGACAAAAUAAGGGCGGUCACGAUCGAACCGAAUGAGAGGAUGGUGUCAUUUGACGUCGUCUCACUCUUCACGUCCAUACCGCAGGCCCUUGCGGUCGAGACGCUCAGUGACCUACUUCGUCAGAAUUACGACGAGGGCGAUGGCCGGCCCACAGCUCAGGAUCUCAUAGAACUCAUGGGGCACUGCCUCAAGACAUCUUUUACCUUCGAGGGGAUCACCUAUGAGCAAAUUAAGGGCACUCCGAUGGGUUCACCAAUCUCCGGACUCAUUGCCGAGGCCGUUCUGCAAAAACUCGAGAAACGACUGUUCGGGGAAUACAAACCAAAGUUUUGGGCACGCUACGUUGAUGAUACCUUCGUAAUCAUCGAUCAGGAUAAAAUUAGCUACAAUGAAGUACUAUUGAACUCAGUCAUCCCCGACCUACAGUUCACGAUGGAAGAAGAAGUGGAGAGCAAACUUUCAUUCUUGGAUGUUUUCAUCUGCCGGCAAACUGGCGACGUCAGUCUACAGAAAACCGACGAACACGCUGCAAAUGCUCAGUUACAACAGCAACCACCCGCUGCAACACAAACGAAGCUGUGUACGCACGCUAUACCGACGGGUGGAAACUCAUUGCAGUACUCCAGUCGCCAAACUGGACGAGAUGAAGCUCCUCCAAGAACUCUUCAGAGCAAACGGCUAUCCGCGAACAUUCGUUGA